AUGGCGAAUAACUCCUUCAGAGACUCCGUCAACUCGCUAGGGUGGUCGCGCAGAGAUCCGGAUCUCCCCGUACACACCGGAUCGACAUCCAAUACCCCAUUCUUGUCCCGGCUCCAGUCGUACAACCCCUUCGGUGACGGCGGCUAUGUUCAACUACCCACUCACAACGAAGCCCCUGGAGCCCCCUUACCAGCAUCCAAUAGACGGGAUGAAGAGGAGGGUUUCUUUGCUUUGAGUCGAUGGGACCGCAUGCUCAUUUUCGGUGCCUGCAACCUGGGUGCCGCCGUCUGUUUCAUGAUCUGCUUCUUUUUGUUCCCAGUCUUGUCACUGAAGCCCCGAAAAUUCGCCGUCUUAUGGUCUGUUGGCUCAGUCCUGUUCCUACUAUCAUGGGCUGUUCUCAUGGGACCGUGGUCCUACGCUAAACAUCUGAUCUCGGGUUCCCGUCUACCAUUCACAGCGGCCUAUUUUGGAUCGAUCGCGCUCACGCUUUACUUUGCUAUCGGUCUUCAAAACCUCUUCCUUACUCUGAUUUCAUCCAUUUUCCAGCUCGCCGCUCUGGUCUGGUAUCUUGUGAGCUACUUCCCCAUGGGCAGCACCGGGUUGCAAUACAUGGGCCGCUUCGGUGCCUCGCGUGUCACCGCUUGGAUGAGUGGUUGA